AUUUUUCACUCGAGCCCGAGAUCUUAAUUAAGAAGCGAGAAGCCCUAAUUACUCACGCCAAUCUCAAUUGAUAUUUUUGUAGAGUGUUAACGCUCUCUCCUCAAAAAAAAAAAAAAAAAAAAAAAAAUCAAACUCACCUUUACUGAUUGCAGAUCAUUUUCUCCCUCCUCAAAAUCCCUAAGGUCAGUAAGGUGCUGUACUCUUACCAGGGGCGGAUUUAGCACAUAACACGCUGGUGCGUUCUUUUCCUCACCCCACACUCGCGACCUUUCUCUCUCAUAAAAUCCCCAACUUUCUCGCUGCCUCGCUUCGUCCGGCGGCCUCACCGGCGGCGCCUCGUUGACUAAUAGUCCUGGGCGAUUUGUGGCUUCGUCACUGCUGGUGGCUUCGUCCUUCGUGGGCGAUUCGUGGCUUCGUGCAGUCAUUGAGUGUUCGUCUGUUCCUUGACCAUUCGCCGACGUGCAGCCGCAAAAGUGGUCGGAAUUCAUUCCUUGGUGGACGACGGUGGACGGACAAAUCGUGAAUCUGCUCUAGUGAACGGUAAUGGAUGGUGAACCACCAUUAGGAAAUUCCUGGAUCCGCCAGUGACUCUUACUACUCUAUUCGACCGACGACCCUGACGACAAUGGCGCCACGGCUGCAAUAAACGCCGGUGUCUGGUGGCCGGCAGUUCAAUUGGAAUUUGAAAGUUGACACAAGGUUGUUCAAUGAGGGAAAAGAAGAAGCACAGGAUAUUGAUGGUGUCUGAUUUCUUCUACCCUAAUUUUGGGGGAGUUGAAAGUCACAUUUAUUAUCUAUCUCAAUGUUUGCUUAAGCUUGGUCACAAGGUGGUAGUUUUGACUCAUGCAUAUGGAAAUCGCUCUGGGGUUAGAUACAUGACGAAUGGUCUUAAGGUUUAUUAUGUUCCAUGGAAGCCUUUGUUCAUGCAGAGUGUGUUACCCACAUUCUCUGGGACACUUCCGAUCAUGAGGACUAUCUUUGUGCGCGAGAAGAUUUCCUUGGUUCAUGGACAUCAAGCAUUUUCUACUCUCUGCCAUGAAGCUUUGAUGCAUGCACGCACUAUGGGAUACAAAGUUGUUUUUACUGAUCACUCCUUGUAUGGUUUUGCUGAUGUGGGUAGUAUACAUAUGAACAAAGUCCUGCAAUUUACCUUAGCUGAUGCAACUCAAGCAAUCUGUGUUUCCCAUACUAGCAAGGAAAACACAGUGCUAAGAUCAGGUAUUCCUGCUGAGAAGGUAUAUGUGAUACCAAAUGCUGUGGACACAGCAAUGUUCAAGCCUGCACCCGAACGACUUCCACAGGACCAAAUUGUCAUUGUUGUGAUUAGUAGACUGGUUUACCGAAAAGGUGCAGAUUUGCUUGUUGAAGUCAUUCCUGAAGUUUGUCGUCUACAUCCCAAUGUUCGUUUCAUUAUCGGAGGUGAUGGCCCCAAAAGAGUACGGCUAGAAGAGAUGAGAGAAAAACAUUCUCUUCAAGAUAGGGUUGAGAUGUUGGGUGCCGUUCCACAUGCUCAAGUUCGAUCUGUGUUAAUAUCUGGACAUAUUUUUUUGAACAGUUCUUUAACAGAAGCGUUUUGCAUAGCAAUACUGGAAUCAGCUAGUUGUGGAUUGUUAACAGUCAGCACACGUGUAGGUGGUGUCCCAGAGGUUUUACCAGAUGACAUGAUCGUACUUGCAGAACCGGACCCUAGAGAUAUGGUGCAAGCUGUUGGUAAGGCGAUAACCAUUCUCCCUAACAUUGACCCACAAGCUAUGCACCUUCGAAUGAAAAGGCUGUAUAGUUGGCAUGAUGUUGCUAAGAGAACAGAGAGAGUCUAUGAGCGGGCUCUGAAGUGUGCUGAUCAGAAUCUCCUUGAACGGCUUUCAAGGUACCUUGCUUGUGGCGCAUGGGCAGGCAAGCUUUUCUGCUUGGUUAUGAUCAUCAAUUAUCUUUUCUGGUGUUUCUUAAAAUUAUGGCAGCCGGAGGAGGAGAUUGAGGAGGCUCCAGAUGUUGAAUUACUUCAUCAGCGAGAAGAGAUGUCAGAGGAUUCGACUGUCAUUGGAAGCAUGAGAUGACAUUAUAUGUGUACAUUCUACGGACUUUAAGCAGAAAUUAGGUACAGGUAGCAGCAGAUCAAGUCAUAUUUUAAUCCAAAGCAAUUUCACUCAAACUGAUGAGAUGAAAGAAGUCCAUCUUUCUUCUCAAAUGAUUUUUUUCUUCCCUCAAGAUGUCCUUUUGUUCACUUCUAAAGUUGUAAGGUUUGAUUAUUAGCGCAGAUAUGCAACGACUUACUAUGUGUUUGAUGAUUGUAGCAGAUCUAUCAAAAUUUGAGGUGCAAUAUAGCUGUGCAUCUGUCAUGUGUGUUAA